AUGGAGAACGAUGUUGAAUACUGGAAUUCUGAUGACGAAGAAGCAGCAGAUCCAUCCGCACCUACGUUUAAAUGGAUAAAAGGAGCACUCAUUAGCAGCGGCCCGUUUGGUAAUGUAUAUCUCGGCCUUAACGUAGUUAAUGGUGAGUUGAUGACUGUCAAACAAGUUGAAUUUCCGAUCGGACAAUCUGAAAAGGAGGACAAAAAACAAUCUAUGUUGGAUGGAUUACAAAGAGAAAUUUCUUUCCUGAAAGAACUUCGACACGAAAAUCUUGUUCAAUAUCUCGGAUUUCAAUACGAUCAGAACUGUCUCUGCAUCAUUUCAGAAUAUGUGCCUGGACCACUUUCGGAGAUAAUAAAAGAUUAUGGACCGUUGGAAGAAUCCCUUGCUAGAAGCUUUGUGAAGCAAAUUUUGCGAGGAUUGGAUUAUCUUCAUCAGCGCGAUAUCAUUCACAGAGACAUCAAAGCUGCUAAUAUAUUUGUGGAUAACAAAGGGGUAACCAAAAUUUCGGACUAUGGUAUUUCCAAGGAAAUGAAAGAGGAAAUUAUGAGCGUGACAACGGCACACCGUCCAUCUCUUCAAGAAUCUGUUUACUGGAUGGCUCCGGAAGUGGUUAAACAAACGACUUACACGACGAAAGCAGAUAUAUGGUCACUUGGGUGCUUGGUAAUUGAGCUAUUUACUGGUAAACGUCCAUUCCCGACCUUGCAUUAUGCGCAAGCAGUGUUCAAGAUUGGAUCUUCGUGUGCGCCUGAAAUCCCAGAGGACAUUUCAAAUGAUGCUAAAGACUUUUUAAAAAAGACAUUCGAACCCGAUCACACAAAACGACCAUCAACCAGUGAAUUACGGAAUCAUCCAUUUGUGACAUCAAAAGUAGAGGGAUCUCCACAAUCAUAUCCGUAA